AUGCCAUUAAUUACGUAUAUUGUUGCAGGGACAACGAUUGCAUUUGGAACAGGUGCUUUGCUUUACACCUUUCAGACUGAAAUACUCUAUCCUGCUAGAUAUCGAAAAAAAUCUCGACAAUUCAUAACACCAAAAUUCGCGGCCGAUGGAAUUCCAUUCAGCGAGACGACGUUAAUUACUGAAGAUAAUGUUAGAAUCAAGGUUUACAUUUGCAAGCGUCCCACCGACGAAGAGGCUCGCCAAAGACCCACGAUUUUGGUUUUGCAUGGAAAUCGUGGCAACGGACAACGUUCAAUAAUUACGACCAAGUUCUACAAUGAAUUAAGGUGUAAUGUAGUUCUACUUUCUUACAGAGGUUAUGGGCAUAGUGAAGGUAAACCGACCGAAAAAGGUAUCAAAAUUGAUGCUCAGACGUGUCUGGAUUACGUUAAGAGACAUAGUGUACUCAAAGGCACAAAACUUGUAAUUUACGGAAGAUCACUUGGAGGUGCUGUGGCCAUUGAUUUGGUUUCAAGGAAUGAGGAUUUGGUUGAAGCGAUGAUAGUGGAAAAUACAUUCCUCAGCAUUCCAAAACUUCUUCCAACCUUUUUCCCUCUGCUUCGCUAUUUUACCUUCUUCUGUUCACAAAUUUGGCCGUCUGAACAAUCUAUACUCAGGAUUCAAAAGAUUCCUGUGUUGUUUUUAUCAAGCGGUAAAGAUAAAUUGGUACCAAAAGAUCAAAUGAUGAAAUUAUUUGACUUGGUGGAUACCGAAGGUGGAAAAGCCUGGAAAGACUUUCCAAAUGCAGAACACGCAAAUACCAUUAGCCAAAAUGGAUAUUUUGAGACGAUUGGUGAGUUUCUGAGAUGGUCCGUAGAUAAGGAUGAAGUGGAUGCCAUCGAAGAAUGA